AUGGGAGGAGGAGCGAGGGAUUCAAAGAACUCUGGUCCCAAGCAUCUUCCAUGCAUUGAUUGGUUAGACUCCUACCAUCGAACCGUAGUGACAUCAAGUUUGGUACAUGGAGUCUACUUAUUGCAACGGGAAAAGCAAAAGAAAGUUAACUUACAAGCCUACAUCUGGUGGGAAUCCUUCGGUUUCUCUUUAGCCGAACUCUUGGUCAACGAAGAUGAUAGCUCCAUAUACGGCGCCGUUUUUAAGUAUAACAACUACCAGAAUAAACCUCAUUUUGGUAUGCCUCCGCUUUACAUGAUUGCCUUCCGCGGCACUGUUCUUAAGUCAAAAACUUGGCUUUCUGAUCUGAAAGAAGACAUUCGAUGCUUGUUCAACAACCUUAAUAAAGGCAGUAGGUUUCAACAAGCCAUAAAAGCAAUCGAAACUGUAUUGGAAACUACGGAGACAUCAUCUGUCUGGCUAGCUGGACACUCUCUGGGAGCAGGUAUAGCGCUGAUGGUCGGGAAGACCAUGACAAAACGUGGAUUCCCCCUCAAGACCUACGCAUUCAGCCCGCCAAUCUUGUCUUUUCCUCUAGAGAAACUACCUGAUAUUGACGUGGUUAAACACCUGCUUCGAUUCGCUGGGAGUCUCUUCAAAGGGACCGUAGCCGUGCUAGCUCAUCUUCAGACUCAAGAACACGAUCCAAGAAUAGCAGCGUGGACACCUUAUUUAUAUGUGAACCCAUCAGAUACAAUUUGUUCUGAAUCCAUUGGUCUUUUGAAAUACAAAAAAAUCAUGGCAUAUGUCGGAUUAGGCAAAUUUGAGAGUCUCGGUGCUGCAAUCUCUCUUAGGUGUCUAGUUUUGGGAGUAGAAAGCGGAGAACCUAUUCAACUUCUUUCCUCAGCCGAUAUGACAGUAAACAUGAACAAAUCUGAUGUUGAGACAACUAAUGUGCUUAAGAGGCCGUGGUAUAAGUUGAAGAGAGCUCAUGGACUUGAGCAAUGGUGGGAGCCAAACCCAGCCCUUCGGGCAAAUUGGGAAAGCCACAACUUUAGACCCUCUGAACCUCGUAUGGACUGA